AGCACAUACCGCCUCCUCAGCCGCCCCAGAACCUGCAUGGGGCAUAACAAGAAGCAAACACUUCCGGCGGAAGCCCGCUCCCAGCCGGCGCACAGCCCAAAAUAAAGCAGAGCGGGCGCCCGCCGCGAGCCCCCGAACACCCCUCGAUGACAUUUAGAGCCGCUGUGGCCCAGCAAGAGCCCCGGGCCGCUUCUCGGCGCGGAGCUGCCGCGGCUGAGGCGAGUGAGCAGGCGCCGAGAGCUGCUGCUGCUGCGGGAGGCUAAGGAAAGUCUCGCGGAGAAGAGGCCUGUGCUGAGAGGCCGCCUUGCAGCGAGCCUGGCGUGACUUCGGCUUCCCGGUCAGCCCCCGGAGAUCCAGCGGAGGGACAGACCGCGCGGGGGGCUCCCGGCACGGUGAGUCCUUCACUCCCUGCGCAGUUUCAAGCGGGAGAGAGCGAGAGAAACGGGGUUUUCUUCAAACGCUUCUUGGGUUUUGUGCUUCUCUUUAAAGUCACACUGGAGGAAUAUUAGCGGAGACUAUUACAAACAUUGCAUCUAUCCCCCAUCCAGGGUAUGUUUCAGCGAAAGACAAGCAAGUCCACUGGCCCUUCGGCUAGUGCAGAAGAGACACAGAAGAAAGAUACUGCAAUGAUAAAUUUGACUAGACAUGAAAAGGAAAAAUAUAUUCCCAGUGAUGAACCUUCUUCAGCAAAUGCAACUGGUGACCAGAAAGAGAAACCUGCGUUAGAAACCAAAAAAGAACGUGCACAUUCAGGACAUGGAAAAACUGCUCAGGCACAUGACCUGAAGGCAUCCCUGACCAGCCACGAUUCCCAUAAAAACUGUGAAGUAAAGCUGUCGGCAUCAAGUAGCUCUUCAGCAAAGGAGUCAUCUGUAGACAAUGAGGAGGACAUGUACCGUGAUGCAGAAGAAAUAGAGAGAGAAAAAGUAUUACCUGUUUGUGAGACAGGCUCCUCAGAAAAUAAACUCAGUGUUGCACCUGAAAUGGACAUCAUAGAGUACUGCCAAAAGGAAUGGAGAGGAAAUACACCGGCGGCAAAACGUAUGAAAAAGGGAUAUGAAGCAGUUUCUCAGAAGUUUACCUCUAUAAGAAGAGUGCGAGGUGAUAACUAUUGUGCUCUCAGAGCAACAUUGUUCCAGGCACUGAGCCAAACUUCUCAACUUCCUGACUGGCUUCAGAGUGAAGACUUAACGUUGCUUCCAGAAAAACUGCUGAGCAAAUACGAUUGGAUCCAACAGUGGCAGCUAAGACAGAAACUGGGCAGGAAGAUGGGAGAACUAAGUGACGAAAUUAAAGACUACUUAAUACUUCUAAGGAAGAAGUGGGAGAGUAUGAGUGAAAUGAAAAGUCCUGUAGAGAGACAAGCAGCUUGUGAUGAAUUGUUUACAAAUGAAGAGGAGGAGUACAGUCUCUAUGAAGCUGUGAAAUUUUUGAUGCUGAACACAGCUAUUGAAUUAUAUGAUGAUGAUAAAAAAGGAAAGAAAGUACCAGUGUUCUCAUGGCUAUUGUUUGCCCGGGAUACAUCCAGCAACCCCAGUCAGCUAAUGAAUAAUCACUUGAAUCAAAUAGGUCACACUGGAGGCCUUGAGCAAGUGGAAAUGUUUCUGCUUGCAUAUGCUCUGCAGUAUACCAUCAGAGUUUAUCGAUUGUAUAAAUACAGCACUGAUGAAUUCAUCACACUUUAUCCCAAUGACCCAGAGGAGGACUGGCCUGUGGUGACUCUUAUAACUGAAGAUGACAGACAUUAUAAUAUUCCAGUCAGAAUGUGUGAAGAGACUAGUUUGUAAACGAGAUUUUGGCAGAUUUAUAAAUUUGAUAUCCGAAUCUGACCUGGACAUUAAAUUUCCAACACUAUUUUGAAAUAAAGUCAUGAUGAGAUUUA